CGACCAUCUCUUCUUCCAACCACCACCAUCUCCACUUAACAGCCACUGCUCCUCAAGGCGAAAUAUCGUCUUUCGCUUGUAUUUCUCUUUGGCAAAUUACAGCGAAAGAUCUUUUUAGGUACCAGACUCGCCUACUAACUCACUCCAUAUUGAAGCCUGUAUUAGUCUCAACUUCGAACACCUUCUCGAUUCAUAGCCAUGUCGCAACCAUCGAGUGUUGUAGCAACCUCCUCAUCCAAUAACAACGAAUCGUGGAAGAGCGGUCUUCGCCCACCACCAAAAGAUGUACGCCCUCAAACUGAAGAUGUCACCGCUACAAAGGGCCUCGAAUUUGAGGACAUGUUCCUCCGUCGAGAACUCCUCAUGGGCAUUUUUGAAACCGGUUUCGAGAAGCCCUCACCCAUCCAAGAGGAAGCUAUUCCUAUCGCUCUUACCAAACGUGACGUUCUAGCUCGAGCAAAGAACGGCACGGGUAAAACGGCCGCUUUUGUUAUUCCUUCGCUACAACAAAUCGAUAUUUCCAAGCCCAAGAUCCAAGCCCUGCUUCUCGUUCCGACACGAGAGCUGGCACUGCAGACUUCGCAGGUGUGCAAGCACCUGGGCAAACACAUGGGCGUGAAUGUAAUGGUGACUACGGGAGGAACCACCUUGAAGGACGAUAUCAUGCGAUUAUCAGAGGCCGUGCACGUUCUCGUUGGUACCCCCGGUCGUAUCUUGGAUCUUGCAGGCAAGAACGUGGCAGACUUGAGCGAAUGUCCUGUCUUUGUGAUGGACGAGGCUGAUAAGCUGCUUUCGCCCGAAUUCUCGCCCGUUAUGGAGCAGUUACUCUCGUACCUGCCUGAAGAACGUCAAGUCAUGCUGUUUAGCGCAACUUUCCCAAUGAUUGUGAAGGAUUUUAAGGACAAACACAUGCGUACCCCCUACGAGAUCAAUCUCAUGGACGAACUUACUCUGCGUGGUGUCACGCAGUACUAUGCCUAUGUCGAGGAGCGACAGAAGGUUCAUUGCUUGAACACCCUCUUCUCCAAGCUUCAAAUCAAUCAAUCCAUCAUUUUUUGCAACUCCACUAACCGCGUCGAACUGCUCGCAAAGAAAGUCACUGACUUGGGCUACUCUUGCUUCUACUCACAUGCUAAAAUGCUCCAAUCACAUCGUAACCGUGUCUUCCAUGACUUCCGCAAUGGCGUAUGCCGCAAUCUUGUCUGUUCUGACCUCCUUACGCGUGGUAUCGAUAUUCAAGCGGUCAACGUCGUCAUCAACUUCGAUUUUCCAAAAAACUCCGAGACGUACCUCCACCGUAUCGGUCGUUCUGGGCGAUUUGGACAUUUGGGACUGGCCAUCAACUUGGUGACCUAUGAGGAUCGGUUCAACUUAUAUAGGAUUGAGCAGGAGCUGGGCACUGAGAUUCAGCCCAUUCCGCAAACUAUUGACAGAGGAUUGUAUGUUGCGCCACUUGCUGCUGAGGAGAACAACAAUCAGCAGGCGAAGCAGAAUGGUGCGGCCGUUGCGCAAAUGCAGCAGCAGACGAGGCCAGUGUAUCAGGGUGGGCGUUGAGCGUGUCAGAGACGGGGAUGGAGGUUGUAGAGAGGGGAGAUAUCCAACCAAUCAUUCAACUCAAACACUGCAUCAUUUCCCGGCCGCAAGAGCGUUCUUUGUGAUAUAUUAUUGACCAAACCGAGUCGGAUAUCCCAACCAUCCAUUUAUUAUUGCCACGUUCCAUUUUGCCUCUGCUUUCGGCUUCUGUAUAUUAUCCCCCCCUGCUACUGUGGCUCGCUCGUAUACUCACCUCUGUUUCAUCGGCCUUUCAAUCAAUGAUCUAUACGUUACUACCUACGACAGUUAUUAUCUCUCAUACUCUGUGGUCGACGAUCUUGUUGCAUAUUUUAGUGGGGUGAUUGGGUUGCGGUUGUUGUUGUUGGUGUGGAGAUGAUGCCUUUACAUUAUAGUUUCCAGGAACUUGUGCUAUGUUCAAUGUGAAGCUGGCGUCGUC